AUGGCUUCCGCUAUGGUUUCGGACUCCGUACCCAUCGAGACGGCUCAUGAGGAUAUGAUCCAUGACGCGCAGUUGGAUUACUACGGAAAGAGGCUGGCAACCUGCUCUUCUGACCGCACCGUCAAAGUGUUUGAUGUUGUGGACGGGGAGACACGCUCGUCGGCGGGACAUACGCUGAAGGGGCACACAGGUCCUGUUUGGCAAGUCGCGUGGGCGCACCCAAAAUAUGGCCAUAUUCUUGCCUCGAGCUCUUACGAUGGCAAAGUGCUCAUUUGGAAGGAGCAGCAAUCACAAGGAAACACCGCAGGCGGUUGGAUCAAAAUCAAGGAGCAUACGCUGCAUACUGCCUCAGUCAACUCCGUUUCUUGGGCACCUCAUGAGCUCGGGGCAAUCCUUGCUUGUGCCUCUUCCGAUGGCAAAGUUUCCGUUCUGACAUUCAAAAAUGACGGUCAGUGGGAUGCCGACAUCUUUACCGGUCACGCUAUUGGCUGCAACUCUGUUUCCUGGGCACCAGCUGUCCUUCCUGGUUCACUCAUUACCCCCCAACAAGCCCCCGCUCCAGGUCAAGCGCCCGCAAAUCCCUUUUCGGUAAAACGCUUCGCCAGCGCGGGGUGCGACAACCUUGUUAAGAUCUGGGGCUACAGGGAAGAUUCGCAGUCGUGGGUCGAAGAAGACACCCUCGAGGGGCACACCGACUGGGUGCGCGACGUCGCAUGGGCACCCAAUAUCGGUCUUCCUCGCAGCUACAUAGCGACAGCGUCGCAGGACAAGAGUGUGCUGAUUUGGACCAAGGACUCGCCGACAUCGCCCUGGGUUAAGACUGCGCUGGACCCAUCGUCGACGAUUGUAUCCCCUACCGGUGCGCCUCCUCCGCCUGGCAAGUUCCCUGAUGUGGUCUGGCGCGUGUCAUGGAGCCUUGCUGGUAACCUACUUGCUGUCAGCUGCGGAGACGGCAAAGUCACUCUCUGGAAGGAGAACUUGAAGGGCGUUUGGGAGUGUGUCAGUGAUAUGAAUAGCUAA